AGUACCUUCGUGUUAUUGUGCUAACGAUGUGUCAUCACCCCUUAAGGGUGGUAACAGCAAUUGUUGGGGAAAAUAAGAGUACAAGACCAGUGUUAUUUUUUCUUUAGGGGUCCGUUACAGACAGCUAAGUUAUAUUGUCUUUGUGGACAGGCUGUCAUACGGUUAACACGACAGCAAGAGUUACUUACGUUCUCUAACUGCUAAGCUACUUUUGUCUUCCUCAACUGCACCGUUAGCAUCGGGCUAACUGGCUGAUCCCCAGUCUACCUGACGGGACGGGGGAGAGAUGUCCUGCAGCUUAUUGGAGUUCUGUCGGCUCCAGGAGCUCAAAACGGUCAGGGACUACUUGUUCCAGAGCCAGAAAAACGAGCCAGUGGAGGAGAAAAAUCUAACAGAAAAUGAUCUGUCCUGGGAGACCUCUGAGUGGGAGUCGGCAUGGGAUAGUGGUGAAAACAAAGAGGAGGAAACAACUUCUGCCACAAAGGUGGAGGAGGAGCCCACAGAUCAGAGGUCCCCCUGGUUGCAGGACUGUGUAGUCUCCCUUUCGCCCUGCGCCGACCUGCUGGUUGUGGCCCAUGAACAGAAGGCUGUCUUUCUCUCAGCUAAGUGGCGUACAGAUGACAGCGGCAGAGAGGAGAUGACCCUGGCUGUGUCCUGGACAGGAGUGCUCAGCACUGAUGAAGGAGAGUGUGUGAGCAGCUCCAUCUGCAUACCAUUGGCAAGCCAGAAGAGGAGUUCCACAGGAAGGCCUGAUUGGACAUGUGUGGUCGUGGGUUUCACUUCUGGCUACGUCCGCUUCUACACAGAGAAUGGCGUUCUCCUCCUGGCCCAGCUGCUGCAUGAGGACCCUGUGUUGAGGCUCAAGUGUCGCACGUAUGAGAUCCCUCGUCAUCCGGGAGUGACUGAGCAGCAUGAAGAGUUAAGCAUCCUGUACCCCGCUGCUCUGGUCACCAUCGACGGCUUCAGCCUCUUUCAGUCUCUGCGGGCCUGCAAGAACCAGGUGGCAAGAGCGGCAGCAGCAGGCAGUGAUGUGAUCCAGCCUCCCCCCCUGGCCUAUAAGAAGUGGGGUCUGCAGGACAUGGACGCCAUUGUGGACCACUGUAGUGUGGGUGUGAUGACGCUGUGUGUGUUUGACCAGAUGAAGAACGCUUCUAUCCUGGGGGGGUUUCAUGCUUCAGUCAAGGGAAACCCCCCCGCUAUGAGCCAGUAUGUCACUGUGGGGGGUGGGCCAUACACAGGCUUCUACUAUGCUGUGGAGGGAAGCUCCCAGCCUCUCCUCUCUCACGUGGCUCUGGCUGUGGCCAGUAAACUCACCUCAGCUCUCUUCAGUGCUGCAAGUGGAUGGUUGGGUUGGAACAAGCAUAAGAAUGAAGAGGAAGCCGUCCAGAAACAGAAGCCGAAGGUGGAACCUGCCACGGCCCUGACCAUCAGAUUUGGUCUCCCAGACUCUCGUCGCCAUGGCGAGUCCAUCUGUCUAUCCCCCUGCAACACACUGGCCGGAGUGACGGAUGACUUUGGUAGAGUCACGCUGCUGGACUUGGCAAGGGGCGUGGCCAUCCGCAUGUGGAAAGGUUACAGAGAUGCCCAGCUGGGAUGGCUGCAGGUUCCAGAGGAGCGAGUCGAUCGGGAGUCAUCCCCCUCUGCCUCCCACCCAAGACGCCAUGCUUUGUUCCUGGUCAUCUACGCACCGCGCAGAGGAAUCCUGGAGGUGUGGGGGAUGCAGCACGGGCCCCGAGUCGGAGCCUUCACUGUGGGCAAACACUGCAGACUGCUGUAUGCUGGCUACCGUCUGAUGGGGGUGAACAGUGUGACCAGUAAGGGCUGGCAGCUCCACACACAACAGGUGUGUCUGCUGGAUCCCACCACAGGAGCUCUGAGGACCGUCAACAUCCCCUUCCACCUGGCCCUCAGUGACAAGAAGAGCGAGCGAGCCAAAGACAUGCACCUGUUAAAGAAACUCACUACUCUACUCAGGAGCAGAGAGUUGGAGCCUGAUAUAUUGGAGAGCGAAGCCAAAAGUGCGCUGCUGGACAUCAAACAUCCCGCCAUUAAAAAGCAGGCUUUGGAGUCCCUGCUGUCCAAUAAGAAUGCUCCUGUCUCUUGUCUUACUAACAUCACAUCCGCAUUAUAUGACACUCUCAAGCAACAAGACCCAGAUGAAGUGGAUCCAGCUCUACAGCAGCUCUGCUCCUCUCAGCUGAAACUGCUUCAGCUCUACUCUGACAUCCAGCAGCUGCACUCCGCUGCAGACACAGAGGCCUGCUCCGAAAAUGAGGAGUCUCUGGAAGGCAUAGAGGAGGAACUGUCUCGUGUUGGUCCGACCCUGCAACGCUACGCUCAGCUCACCACGAGACCCAGUGUGUCCUUCGCCCAGGACUUGCCCGACUCCCUCCUGCCGGCCAGGGCCUUCCUCUCUCAGAUGGAAUGCGCCGAGGGAGAGGAGCUGAGAGUUAUCCGUGGCUCGGAAUCAGAAUGGAAUCAGCUAGGGAACUUUAUGUUCUGGGGCUGUCUGUGUGGAAAGAACCCCAUCCAUAAAAUGUGUGAUACACUGCAGCAGGCAGGCAUCAGUCCUCAGCAGCUCCUGUCCCUGUUGCUGAGUGUGUGGUUGCAAAGAGAGAAGGAAGUGCUACAGAAACCAGAAGAAACUGUUAAAAAUCUACACAAACUACUCAUCGCCCUCAGCAACAUGAAAGGUGCAGUUGAGGAGUCCUGGGACCCCCAGUCUAUCUCCCCCUGGUGGCAGCAGGUCCGCACUACAUGCAUCCAGUCCCACAACGCUGCUGCUGCUCUGCUGGCUGCUUUCGUGGCUCACCGCGCUACCAAAGCUAGCAUCACAAGCCGGGCUGACAGCAAGUUUCAGUCGGAGUGGGAGGCUGUGUCCCUAGAGCUGGAGCAGUGGGUGGUGUGUGUUCGCCAGCUGGAGGAUGUGUUGGUGCUACAGACUCUGCUGUUGGUGCCUUCUCCUCAGGGCACGACAGGGGGCGCUGCACCACAGUGCUCCAUCAAAACACUACUGGAGGGAGGCACAGGCGGCAUUGCCGACAGUGUCUCAAAGUGGGUGUUCAGGCACAGCUUGGCCCCUGAGCGAUUGAAGGAGAUUCUCCAGAAGAAAGAAGAAGCAGAUGAAAAACUGGAGCAGAAGUCCGGGGAAGGAAAGGAGCCGGAGAGUCAAGAGUCCACAGACAGGACAGCAGAGCUGCUGGUGGCGGUUUGCCAGCGUUUCCCUCACUCCCUCUCUCCGGACCUGCUCUUCGCCCACUGCUGCUGGGAAUAUGUAGUGCAGUGGAACAAAGACCCCGAGGAGGGCCAAUAUUUGUGGUGUGCUGUGGAACAUUUGAAGCUGGUCUCCAGUCCACAUAUCCAGCUAGGUAUUUCUGCGAUGAUGUGGAGCACAUUCAUCGUGAAGCGCUUCUCAGCAGCGGCCUACCUCAUGGAGAAGGUGGGGAAGGCCCCCAAAGAUCGCUUAUGUCGACGGGAUGUUGGGAUGGGAGACAAAGCUGUGACGUCUUUCCUGGGCUGCUGUGUGCAGCUGCUGCAGAUCCUCAUGGAGGCGGACUCUGCUGUGGAGGAGGUCUCUGCCCCGGAGCUGUCGAUGGAGGAGGCGUGGUGCGGGGCCGAGGGCCCAGCGUCACUAGCUGAAAUGGCCCUGGAGCAGCGAGGCGUCCACUACCCUCUGGUGCAGCACCACUGCCUGGUCGCCUCCCUGCUACAUGCUGCUAUGACCUUUAGCCUGAAGGUCAAACCUCUCAGCCUGUUUGACAGCAAGGGUAAGAAUGCUUUCUUCAGAGAUCUGACCACCAUCCAGCUGAUGCCCAGUGGAGACAUGGACCCCUGCCUGGUGUCCCUAAGACAAGAGUUCCUCCUCCGGGUGCUGACAGCCUGGGUGCAGGCGAUCAACGAUCCCUCCAGCUCAGCCUCCGGCAACUCGUCCCCCUCUCCACCAUCGAAUGGCCCCAAGGCUGACUGGUGGCCCUCGCUGUGUUUGGAGCUGGGCUCCCUGCUGCAGGUCAACCCCGACAUCCUGAGGCGGCACCUGGUCUGCGAGCUCUACAACCAGGGCCUUGACCCCCGCGCUGAGGAGGUGAUGCUGGAGGUGGAGGAUAAGGACGUGCUGGGCUCCCAGCUGCUGGUGCUGACGGGACAGAGGCUGAGCUACUGUCUGCUCCAUAGCCAGAGUCAGACACAGUCCGCUAUGGAGCUGCUGGCCCGCCUGCCCCCCACCCUCUGCACAUGGCUCAAGGCAAUGGACCCCAGCGAGCUGCGCUGCCCCCUCGUCCCCUUAGCCCAGACCAGCAGGCUGGUCGGCCGGCUGGUUGAAAUCCUGCCGGAGAACCACGCCCAGUACAGCCUGGCCCUGCACCUGUUGGAGGCGGUGGAGGCCCUCUCUGUUGAGGGCUGACCCUGAGACAGGGCAGCAUAGUCAGUGAAGGCGGGUGGAGAGAAGGAAAUAAAGAAAGAAAACAAGGUCCGUACCACUUUAGGGGAACGAGAACAUAUGAUUAACGGCCUUCUGAACCUCUUUGUCAUGGAGAUUUUGUGUUUCGUCACUCAGCUCAUGUUAACAAUAUAUCUUUGUUCUCACAACGUAAUCGUAGAAAGAUCAAUAGGGCUCUGAUAGCCUAUUUUAACCCUUAUUUUUUAAAAUCCAUCAUAUUUUCUGCGCAUGUAACAUCAAUUGUAUUGUGUUAUUGAAGAUUAUUGUCUGAAAAAUACAUUUAAGGAAUGGUUAUUAUUGGACAGGGCAUGUUUGUCUGAGGAACCUUAGAGAUCACAUGUCAGUGUUGGUGUCUUACUGUGUGCCAUAUCAGAGUUCAGUUUUCCUUCUCCUUCCUUUUUCCCCUCCCAUGGACAAGAGAUGUAUCAUAAAGAAAUAUGGACCUUAUUUUUUAUUUAUAUAUGCAGACAGUACUGUACUCUCUGUGCCUGUACGUCUCCUAUUCUGUAGUCUGUGUGCAGAAUAAAGAGCUUUCUAAUGCAG